UGAGACGGCAGCGGUGAUUGGCGGUCGGAGCGUUUUCUCUCUGUUAAUGGCAUACUCACUCCGAAAAGGUGCUGUUUUGUGGUAUUCAUUCGAGUCCACGCGUUAUUUCUUGUCGUUGAGCAAACAGCCAUAAAAAUCUGAAUAAUCGUGUGUGGUAGUAGUGUGUGGCGAAGUGGUGGACAUGCGUUAGUGGUAGUGACGACGGUGUGGUGUUGGGUUGGUGCGCGCGGCAGCAGGAGCCUAACCACCGUCAGUCGCUGCUGGCCUCUUGGCUGUGACGGUGGUGUGUGUGGCGCGCUCCUACUCACUCCUCCUCCACUCGCGCUGGACUGACCCUGGUGCUGCUUGUGGCGCGCCACCGUUGUAUACGGGCCGCUACGGCUGUACCUGCUGCUUCUGAGUGUUUGUGUUUGUGUGGUGGUGUAAAGUGUUUGUGGCGGCCAGCAUGGAUGACCAGUCGCGGGGCAUGAUGCACCCCACGUCUCAAACGGGCAUGCUCAUGCCCCAGCAUUAUGGCAUGGGCGGGGGCUCGGUGGACCCUGGCCAAGGGACCAACACGCCGGACAGUGAAGGCCGUAAACAGGACAUUAACACCAUCUUGGAGCAGAUAAUGAACAUCACGGACCAGUCGCUGGACGAGGCGCAGGCCAGACUGGCCAUUGGAAGGAAACACACGUUAAACUGCCACCGCAUGAAGCCUGCGCUCUUCAGUGUCCUCUGUGAAAUCAAGGAAAAAACAGAAUUACUCCGAUCCAAGAUACCAUUUGGUGCUCUUAAGAUUUACUAUGCUAAUGAAGUGAUUUAUGAAGCUGCUUGA